CGUGUGUGUGUCUUUUCCGAGCGUGCCUGCGUGUGUGUGUGUGUCUGCGCAUGUGUGUGUGUGGCUGCACCGCGGCAGCGAGGAUAUGUAGCUUCCAGUAGGCAAGCCUGCCUGGAUCAUUCUGCCGCAUGUUGCUACCACCACCACCAUUGCGCAAAGGAAUUCCCUGCUGCCGUGACUGUGUGUGUCAGAGAGAGGGAGAGAGACACAGAGAGAGACAGACAGAGAGAGAGGGAGACGGGGGAGCUGCCAUGUAGCACAGCAACGCUGGAGGACAGUGGGAGGACAUUAGCUUGCUCUCACACCGGAUUCUAACUCGGAAGCUGCAGUGUGUGGAAGACGUUGGAAGCUGUGUGUGUGUGUGUGUUAGAGGGAGGACAGUGUGUCUUCUUUUUUUUCUUGGAAGCGAUGGUGCUCCAGGAUUGUGCGUGUAUGUGAGGAGUGUUGUGUGUGUGUGUGUGUGUGUGCGUGGAUAAGCCCGCACAGUGUGUGUGUUUGUGUUCCUGAUGCGGUCGGAGCGUGCGAGUCGUGUGUGUAUCGUGGUGUUGGAGGAGGUGGAGGAGGACGAGCCCUCGCCCCCACCUCACCCAAAAAGCUCUCUGGACCGCAGAUCCCAUCAUGCACCACGCAGAGCUUCCACACAGGAAGACAAGCCGUCUCUGCUGAGAGCCAUCUUCAACGUGGACCCAGACGAAGUCCGCUCCCUCAUAUUCAAGAAGGAAGAUGUCAACGUCCAGGACAACGAGAAGCGGACCCCCCUGCACGCUGCUGCCUACCUGGGAGACGCUGAGAUCAUCGAGCUGCUCAUCCUCUCAGGGGCCAGGGUAAAUGCCAAAGACAACAAAUGGUUGACUCCUCUUCACCGAGCGGUAGCUUCUGGCAGCGAGGACGCCGUGACGAUGCUUCUGAAGCACAGCGCAGACGUCAACGCCCGCGACAAGAACUGGCAGACGCCGCUCCACGUCGCCGCCAGCAACAAGGCGGUGCGCUGCGCCGAGUCGCUGGUCCCGUUGCUGAGCAACGUCAACGUGUCAGACCGGGCAGGGCGCACCGCCCUGCACCACGCCGCCUUCAGCGGACACCUCGAGAUGGUGAAGCUGCUGCUGUCCAGGGGGGCCAACAUCAAUGCGUUUGAUAAGAAAGACAGGAGAGCGAUCCACUGGGCGGCCUAUAUGGGUCACCUGGAGGUGCUAAGGCUGCUGGUGUCCAGCGGGGCAGAGUUGAACUGUAAGGACAAGAAGGCCUACACUCCCCUGCACACUGCUGCCUCUAGUGGCAUGGCCAGCACAGUGCAGUACCUGCUGAGCCUGGGCGUGCAGAUCAACGAGCUGAACACGUAUGGAAACACCGCCCUGCAUGUUGCGUGCUACAACGGUCAGGACGUGGUGGUGAACGAGCUGAUCGCGGCGGGCGCCAGCGUCAACCAGGUGAACGAGAGGGGCUUCUCAGCGCUGCACUUUGCGGCGGCGUCCCGCCAGGGGGCGCUGUGUCUGGAGCUGCUGAUGAGCAGUGGAGCUGACGUCAACAUCCGGAGUAAGGAUGGGAAGACUCCUCUCCACAUGGCAGCUGUCCACGGGCGUUUCUCCCGCUCCCAGGCCCUCAUCCAGAACGGAGCAGAGGUCGACUGUGAGGACAGGAACAAGAACUCGGCGCUGCACAUCGCCGCUCGCUACGGACACGAGCUCAUCAUCAACACGCUGAUAAACAACGGAGCCAACACCGCCAAGCGGGGCGUCCACGGAAUGUUCCCCCUCCAUCUCGCGGCCCUCAGUGGCUUCUCUGACUGCUGCCGGAAACUGCUGUCCUCGGGCUUUGACAUAGACACCCCAGAUGACUUUGGAAGGACCUGUCUACAUGCAGCCGCGGCCGGAGGGAACCUGGAGUGUCUGAACCUGCUGUUGAACACAGGAGCAGACUUCAACAGGAAGGACAGAUUUGGAAGGGCCCCCCUGCACUACGCGUCUGCUAACUGUAACUGCCAGUGUGUGUUUGCCCUGGUGGGCUCCGGGGCCAGCGUGAACGAGCUGGACGAGCGAGGCUGCAGCCCCCUGCACUACGCUGCUGCCUCCGACGCCGAGGGCAAGUGUCUAGAGUACCUGUUGAGGAACGAUGCCAACCCCGGGGUCCGAGACAGAGAGGGCUACAGCCCUGUUCACUACGCCUCGGCUUACGGACACACUCUCUGUCUAGAGCUGAUGACCAGUGAAACGCCCCUGGAUGUGUUGAUGGAGAUUCCAGGGACAGACGUUCUGAACGACUCAGACAGCCACGCAUCCGUCAGCCCUCUACACCUCGCAGCGUACCACGGCCACUGCUCCGCCCUGGAGGUGCUGCUGGGCUCUCUGCUGGAGGUGGACGUGAGGACCCCCGAGGGCCGGACCCCCCUGACCCUGGCCUCCUGCAGGGGCCACUCGGAGUGCGUGUCCCUGCUCCUGCACCACGGAGCCUCCCCUGUGGCCAGGGACUACGCUCAGAAGAGAACGCCUAUACAUGCUGCAGCCAUGAACGGCCAUCCGGAGUGCCUACGACUUCUAAUCAGCAACACCGACACACACACUGUGGACAUACAGGACACCAACGGACAGAGCCCCCUGAUGCUGGCGGUGCUGAGUGGACACACAGAGUGUGUGUACUCUCUGCUCAGUAAAGGAGCUAACGUGGAGGCCAACGACCGCUGGGGGAGGACAGCACUGCACCGUGGGGCAGUGACGGGCCACGAGGAGAGUGUGGAGGCCUUGCUGCAGCGCGGGGGCAGUACGUGUGCCCGGGACAGCAGAGGGCGGACCCCCUUCCACAUGGCGGCUGCCUGCGGCCACGUGGGGGUCCUGGGAGGCCUGCUGCAGGCCGCCUCCUCCUCCCUCACCCCCACGCCCAUGGCAGACCACCAGGGGUACACACCCCUGCACUGGGCCUGCUACAACGGAUAUGAUGCGUGUGUGGAGGCCCUGUUGGAGCAGGAGGCGUUCAGGAAGGCUCAGGGGAACUCCUUCAGCCCGCUGCACUGUGCUGUCAUGAACGAUAACGAAGGAGUUGCUGAGAUGCUCAUCGUCUCUCUGGGUCCUUCUAUCAUCAACGUCACAGAUGCCAAGGGCAGGACCCCCCUGCAUGCGGCGGCGUUCUCCGACCACGUGGAGUGUGUGUCCUUGCUGCUCUCCCAGGGAGCGGUGGUGAACACGGCCGACUCACACACACACACCACCCCGCUGAUGAUGGCCGCGCACAACGGGCAGACCAACGCCGUAGAGAUGCUGGUCAGCAGUGCCAAAGCAGACCUCGCUCAGCAGGACCACCACAGGAACACAGCCUUACACCUGGCCUGCAGCAAGGGUCAUGAGACCAGUGCCUUGUUGAUUCUGGAGAAGAUCAGUGACAAGAACCUCGUCAACUGCACCAACACGGCUCUGCAGACACCCCUCCACGUAGCUGCCAGGAACGGUCUGACUGUGGUGGUCCAGGAGUUACUGGGGAAAGGAGCCAGUGUGUUAGCAGUGGAUGAGAAUGGGUACACCCCGGCCCUGGCGUGUGCGCCCAACCGAGAUGUAGCCGACUGCCUCGCCCUCAUCCUCAACUCCAUGAUGCCGACCUCGCCCAUGGUCACCAUAGCAACGAUCCCCGGGCUUGCGCUCGGCGGCGGCCGCGGGGUCGUCGAUCACCCCGGCAGCCGCCAGUCGAAGGGCGUGGCUUUUGACGCCCCGCCCCCCCUGAGGCCCGACCACACCUCCUGCUGCAGGCAGGACCGCCCACUCUCCAUCGACGACGAGCUCAACGACUCUGACUCCGAGACUUACUGAGGACCUGCCCACCCCCCCCCCCCCCCACACGGGUGGGAACUGGGACACGCCCACUAUGGGGACACGGGACACGCCCACCAUGGGCCACGGGACACGCCCACUAUGGCCACAGCCGUUGACAAGGUUGUCAGGCCGACAACUCAGGAGCCUUAAAACGAACUGAGAGAAGGAGGGGAGACGAGAGAGAGGUCUAUGGUGUCGGUCUGAAGACUUAAGUCUCUUCUUAAGGACUAAAAAGAUGCAACGUCAUGAGCCACGUGCUGUCAUCCAUCUGACAAGCGUGGUGGUCGAGUUUCUGACCGGAAAUGAGUUUUCACUUCGAUUACAAUAGUGUUGUUGAUUUUCUGUCUGCUGGGCUUCCCCUGAAGACUCGUUCUACUGAGUCCCACCACGCAUCCUCUCUGCCUUGUAACCGCGGCUACGCCCAGUCUGGAACCGUGGCUACGCCCAGUAUGUAACCAUGGUUACGCAGUCUGUAACCGCGGUUACGCACAGUUUUUAACCACGGUUAUGCCCAGUCUGUACGGAGAGAGCAGAGGGACAAUCUCAGUCCAAGGGACCAAGAGACUCAGGUGUCUGAUCUAAUCUCCCCUGUGACCCCCCCCCCCUCUAUCACACAGUUGAUUCACCUGAUCACUGUGUGAUAGAGUGGUCUUAUGAUUCAAGUGAGUCAAUUCACAUCGGAGGCCAGUGUAGUAAGAGCUGUCUGAUUUAAACAGGAGUGGAUUCUCACAGUGGAGGGAUGUAUGUAUAAAUGACUGAUUGAUGCUGUUCUCACAGGAGGGGGGAGUCAUUUGGAUGUUAACACUAAGGCCUUUCUGUGAAGUUACUCUGGUGCAAAGCAGCUACUGCAUUAGGGAGGUGCCUGUAAGGGUUGCUGCUGGACUCUACUGACUGGCUGAACUAGGAUUAAGCUGGUCUGAAAAUCACACUACCCUCAGUGGAGGAGUUUAACUGAUCUCGUAGUUGUGGGCCGGGAAAGCAGUUCUUCAUGUCUGUGUACUGUACUGGAGACAGGAAAGAGUGUGUAAGUGUGUGUGCAAUACAGUUUGUGUACGAUACCAUGAAUGUGUGUGUGUCUGUGUCUUUGAGGUAUGUUGGCUUUUUAGGCACAUUCAUGGCCACUGGUUUAACGUUCUUAAAUAAUACUAUGUAAUGGAUAAAUACAUUUCUUUUUCGAAAUCUUAAA